UCAUACAGCGGCUGUAUCUUGGUUCCACAAAAUCAGUUGCUGUCCCUCCGCGGUUGAGCUCUGAUCACCUUUCCUGCCUCUCUGGGCAAGGGAAAGGCCUGCAAGCUUAUUGGUGCUCUGAGCUUCGGGGAACACAGCUUCCAGGACACAGAGAAUCUUGGCUCCUUGGCAUCUUUGCAGCUAUUCUUUCAAAACACCGGCUGCUGAGGACUGGGAGACUCUGAAGGCAGGGAAACAGGUCCUUCUACUUGGCUCCCUCUGUCUGUGCUGGCUUAUCGACCUGCGUUCGGGGCAGACUGCUGCUGACCACUGUUGGGAGUUGGACUACAGAUUGGCUCUUACUCUUGAGAAGGACACACAACCCGACGUUCCCUCUUUGAAACACCAUGGACUCCAAGCAACUCAGAUUCCAGGACAAGAAUCUGAAGUCAGAAAGAGUUGAGAAGUUAUCUGAAGGAGAGAUGGCUGGAAACACCCCACAGCUGGAGAAAGAUGUGAAUCCACAGACAUCCACAGAGCCCUCUGUUCAGCUCAAGUGUCCAGGGGAUAUUCUUCAGGGAGGACGGCAUGCCAAGCCAGGAAGAUGGAUGGCGUCGUGGAAAGGAUUUCAUCUGGGAAGCAGAGACAGUGACUGCAAAAUGAGCAUCACUGUCGAUCAGGACACGGACUAUGCUGAACUAGUUCUGUCUGUAGGAGAAAUCACACUUGGAGAGAAGACUAGGGAUUCAAUGAAAGAUAGCCAACUGAGGAGUAAAGAAGCCAAAAGUUUAUUACAGGCUGUGUGUACCCUGCUGAAUUCUGGAGGGGGCGUGGUCAAGGCUCACAUUAAAAAUCAAAACUACAGCUUCACCAGAGAUGGAAUGGGACUGGAUUUGGUAUAUUCCUUACCCAGUAUCGUGCACCUUCCUCAUGACUAUCUAGACUUCAUGCAGCACAAAGACUACUUUUUCAUUUUUGUGAAACCAUGGAAGCCGAAUCAGAGAGGUCCGGGGAUCGCCACCUGGAAAACGAACUUGUACAUAAGAAUCUUCUCAUUCUCAGUUGAACUGAAAGCAGUGGUUGCAUUGCAGUUCCUCAAAUCCAGAACAAGUUCUGGAAAAAUCAUCUGUAAUGAAACACUUAAAGAAUGUCUUACCUUAUUUAACAGAGACUGGCUUGCCUAUGGGGAGACAUUCUGUUUCACUAAAUCCACACAUGCUGAAGUAAAAUUGACUCCUAAGGAAAAGAUUUCUCCUAAGGAAAAGAUUUUAGAGUUCCUCCCUCAAACUGUUUCUGCAUUUGCAAACACUGAAGGGGGAUAUUUGUUCAUUGGCUUGGAUGGCAAAACCCAGCAAAUUAUUGGUUUUGAAGCAGAGAAGAGCGAUCUCCUGCUUCUAGAGAGUGAAAUAGAAAAGUGCAUCCAACAGCUGCCUGUCACUCACUUCUGUGGGGAGAAGGAGAAGAUAAAAUACACAUGCAAAUUCAUCGAAGUACACAAAUCCGGAGCUGUGUGUGCAUAUGUGUGUGCGCUCAGAGUGGAGAGAUUCUGCUGUGCAGUGUUCGCUGCGGAGCCUGAAUCCUGGCACGUGGAAGGUGGCUGUGUGAAGAGGUUUACCACAGAGGAAUGGGUGAAGCACCAGAUGGAUGCCACAGCAGAGAUGCCUGGAAAGUUGAUACGCUCUCCAGAAGCCCUCUGCAUGAAACCAUUCUCACUACAUGAAGGCUAUGAGCACUUAGUCCGGACAGAAUUGGGCUCACUGCGUAAAGGAACACUGGUUAUCUCUAAGAGCUGGGCUUUGAAUCUGGGUUUGCAAGAGAAGCAGGAAGUUAUCUGGGAUGUGCUUCAUAUUUCCCAGGGCGGUCUCCUAACCCUGUAUGUCUUUGUCCAGGGAGAUGAGAACCUGGAAGGCAACAGCAGUCUUCUGGGGGAACUAGGUGCCGAGUUAAAGGGCUAUUAUAAACAAAUUGCCCUAACAUUAAAGCAGACGUUGUUAAACCAUUGUGGUUACACUGCGAAAAUAGGUAUUAUAGUAAAGAUAACAUACUUGGGUCAUAAGACAAUGAGUCUUUAUGACUCAAGCGCGAAAAUACGUUACCCCCAAAAAUAUUAUCUGACGACCAAGGCAGUAAAGGACUUAGAAAUAGCUCUCGCUGAAAUCUUAGGAAGUUGUGAGUCUUUCUACAGUUUACCCAGGAGAAACUGGGAUUCUUUUAUGUCUGCGUUUUUAAAUGUGGGCAGUUAUAUAGUUUCCGUUUUGAGAAAUGUCUUAACUCAUAUUCGAAUCUGACGAGACAUGAAAAAAAAUGGAGGAUGGCACAAUGAUGUUUCACAGUAUGUAGGUGAUAAUGCUCUCCAAAUCUUUCUACAGUUUACCCAGGUAAAACUGUAGUGAUCAUUUUAUGUCUGCAUUUUUAAAGGCAUGCAACUAUAUAGUUUACUUUUCGAGAAAUAUCUUAACUCUUUUUCGAGUCUGUCUUGACACAUUCUGUCUUAAAGGAAAACAUUGUAUCUCUUGUAUGUAAGACAGUCUACAGGCAG